AUGCUGGAAUCCAAUUAUGAGCGUUGGUGCUUGAUCAAUUUGCCCAUAGCUGAAAAGGGGAGACAAUACCCUCAAUCCAAGCUUGUGGAUGAUCAGCAUAGAGAGUAUUAUAGUCAGGAGAGUGAACUCCGUAGCUUUCAGGGAUCUUUCUCAGGCUCUGGGAGUGGGAGUUGCACUUUUUUUCUGUGUGGCACAGGGUGUUUAAAGGAAUCAACUGUGUGUGGUUGCCCUGGGCACUUGGACGGCUCCGAAGCCCAACCUGUGGCUCCUCUGUUCAAAGCUCACAGGGACAACAAAUGGACGGCCUUGUUAUUCCCAGAAGAACAGGAAAAGGCUCCAGUAAAAAGCGCUCAGCCAAACCUCAGUGAAUUCCUGAUAAAGGAAAGAAUGCAGCGAGAGAAGCCACGUUAGCUUCCUUUUUUGACUUUUUUUCAUAAUAAUGGAAACCUCACAGCACAGUAUUUUGGCUUGCUCAGCUUCUUGUUCACAUGCACAGCUUUGGCAGAAGCGGAGUCGUACAAGCCCUUAAGUAGGUUUCUGCAGGGAGAGGUGAGCCGUGGAAAAAGAGUUUUAAUUUCACAGAGGGAAUGCUGUAAUAGCUCGACAUGGACUAAACAUCUAGUCUUUGUUUUACACUUAAAUUUGUUUAUUGGUAGGGUGUGUCACGCUGAAAAAGACACCCUUGUUUGUCUCAAUUCAGGGACAUGUUGUUUUGUAUGUUACUGGAUGCAGCUGCAGCAGGAGUCUGACUGUGAUUAUGAACACUGUUGUACAUUUUUGGGUGAGCAGUGUUACCAAAUUAAUCCUGCAUGUAACUGCCAGGAUUAGCGUCUGCUGCUAACAGCUCACUGAAAAGAUCUGGCGGCCUCUCAGCCCUUUUUUGGCUGAGCUGCUUCCUCUACAUCCGUGUUGGUUCAGCAUAAAAUUCAAGGCCACAAAAUAAAAAUAAAAAAGAGGAUAAAAACAAAUAAACACCUAAAAUACAAAACAAGUUUCAGCCCUAAAGUGUGGAUAGCUUUAUUCCUCAGAGAAGCCUAUGUGGUGUUUGGAUGGGGGGGAGGUGUGUACUUACACAGUGACUGUUAUCAAGACUUCUUUGUUACCUGGCAACCGCUGUUACCGUGGGCAGGUACUGUGGUAGCUCUCUGGAACAGAGAACUGCAGUGAUAAAAUUCCGGAACAUUCCUGACCAUUCCAUUUGGAACUCAGGUCGCCCUCAGCCUGAAUCUGUCAAUCAUCGUGUUCACUGACGCAAGAGGUGAGGUUUAUGACUGGAAUAUCUUAGAUUAGCAAAAGAUGAAUGAAGUUUAUUAGGGAGGCCUGAAGGAUUUUAAAAAAACAGCACAAAAAUGUAAAAAAAAAAGAUUUAAUCAGGACUCCUGUUUUAUUAUAGGGGUCAAGUGUCUUAUCCAAGAACACUUAAAGGAAUAUUCCGGCGUAAAAUUAAAAUAGGGUCAAACACACCAUAACAUCGAGUUUGACACCCCCUCGAGAGAUGAAUGUUGCCGACUGCUUGGUUCUCUAGUUAUACCAACUUAAGUAAUGACUGUAGAUAAAACAAUACACAGCGGUCUGAGGAGUCAUAAACAAACCUCAACCAAAACGCCACUCUAUAGCCACAAAUACUGCUCAGAACAGCACCUAACUUCAUCAACAGUACAUACAGGGUCCCAGCCAUAGCACUAGCCACCAAACAUCUUUUUAACUUUACCUAAUUUGUAAGGUUUGUUUGUAGUGAGACCUCAGGCCAGUCCAUUAUGGACUACAGUGGGGUGACGCAGCUCAAGGAAGAACAUUUAUGAUCAUUUCUUCAUGGAGAUGCAAUCAGACCGAAACGCUAAGGCAGAAGAACUACCACGUCAUCAGUGCAAAAUGAUUAAUAUGGUCAUUAUUACUUCAAAGCAAUGAUAAAGAAAUUAUCAUAAAUGUUCUUCCUUUAGCUGCAUCACCCCACUGCAGUCAAUGAUGGACUAGACCUAUUGUUUUUAGUUUCCUGGGAGAAAAAAAAAAUCAAACCAAACCCAUCAAAAAGAUAUAUUCGGGUGGGAAAUGAGUGUCAUUCUAGGAACAAACUAACAAUUGCCUCUUCACCUUUUUUAUGCAAGAGGGAGAGGCUCACACAGGAGAGUGUCAGCGGGAAUGUUCGCUCUGAGGCUGUAAAUAUUUGGGUCUAUUUACCAAGUCCUUUACAGCAGAUUUGUUCUCCACUCAGAUGACCCGAAUUCUUCUCGUCUUUAUCUCCGCCAUGGAAACAGCUUUGAUUUAUCUUUGUCACAUGGUCACAUGCUGUUGCCCACAUUGUGUCUUUUUAGCGCUUAUUGAUGAUUUCUUGAGAUUAAAACCAUAUUGGACUGAUGGAGGCACGUUCGCAGUCACCACAAUGUGUAACAGCUGCAUGACCCUGCGUGUCUCCAGACCUUUUCAAUUCAACUAUCACUGAGGAUCCCAGAUAGAAAAACUCAUCUGUUUUGUCUUCAGUCUCACCACAAAACUUGUACCUCACAAGAUUUCUAUUAUUCCCUCAGUCAUUCCUCCUCUCUGGUAUCAGUUAAGUAACCCAAAUACUCAACCCACAAUUGGGUCUUGUCUGACGUUCCUCAGUUCCCAUCAAAUAUUUGGCGCUGAUCUCCUCGUCGUACUGGGAGGUUUUCUGGAAAGUGUUUUUUUAUUUUUUUGAGGAUUUGAGGACAUGAAAUUUAUUUGCUUUUUAAAUUUCCCAAUAGGGCAGCACUGUUUUCAGGGUCAAGAUUUGUUAGGGUUCAUAUAAGAAUAAUAUUUUCAAUAAAAAGAAUUGAAUUUAGACAAACAGUGCAGUCAAAGACCAAAGGGCUGGGCUCCAAAAAAAUAAGCUAGUUUACAUAAGUCGCCUUAUUUUCACUCCCUGAGAAAUAACAUUUGAGGUCGUGAUUGUUAUUUUAUUAUUGUAAGAUAUCUGUGGAGGACUUAAUGUUUCAACUGACUUCACAACAACCUUUGAGUUGAACUGAUGGAGAAAUGUGCAUCCAGUUUGAUCUUUGUUGUAGCUCUGUUAUAGACAUUAUAUCACAUGAUUUAGCCAACAGGUGCCUCCUCCUUUCCAUAUAUCCAAGCCAAAUGCAUGUUUAAAGCUGUUUUAAGAGGCCAGAGGUUGGAGCGACGGCCAACAGUUCGCAGUGACUCCAAGCAGCAGAAUAUCUUCUUCUCACUUCUAUCUGUCUGGACUGGUUCAGGGUUGGAGAAGACAAACUCUUCACCUCUCCUGAUGCAUUUCAUCGCAGUCACUUUGCAUUCCUUAGUUCUGUUUUUAUUAACUGUGUGUUUUUUUUCUUUUCCUCUUACAGUGCGUGCUGCCAAACUAAAAUGACAUCAUACUGAGGGGAAGUCAGGGAAGAACACAUACCCACGAGGGCCCGCAGGAGCACCAGGGGCUCACGGCGGGAGGGGAAUCUGCUCAACAGGAGGAUAAGAAAUUUAUCAGGGAGGAAAAUAUGAGGUCUGAAAAGGUAAUUCCUGGAACAGAUGAAGCUUUUUUGUCAAGUGCCUCAACAACACAGGGAGUGAAAUGUGGAAAAUAUGCGCUCUGCACUAUUUUGACCUGGUGAUGAGGAGAGCUAGAGGACAUAACAGAUGGAGAGAGAGGGCUUUUGAUGGAAAGAGACAGGGUUGAAGAAGCAAUAAAUACAUCUGGAUGGAAAAAAAGGGACACCAAACAGUGACGCACAGGCUGGAGAGCAGAAAGGGGACAUUCUUUGUGUUCACAGUCCUGCUCUUUAAAGACUGCUCUCUAUAAAGGCUCCAGUUUCCCUGUGAUGAGAGGGUCCAGCUGAGAGUGGGUCAGGAUCUGCUGUUUGAAUCUGAAGCCAAUUAUCAGAUUAAAAAGUCCAGAGAAACUACUGCGACGGUGAAUAAUUCCCUAAAUGCUUACAAAAACUGUCAUGGGGGCCUCACAACAUGUCAGUUCAAAGGUCACACGUUUGUUUUGAUCUUCCAGCCCACCAUGUUGGCGUCAAAAUGAUCCAUAUGUUAGUUCAUCUUCUUAAUAUACAAACUUGAUCCAGGCCAAAAUGCUAAUGAAAAACCAACAGAACCUUGCAGGCUUUGACUUGUGCUUAAUGCCACAGCACUACCGCUAUGGAAAUUUAAGGUAUGCCUGCUCACACAUACCCAGCGUGAACUCACUCAUCAGGAAUCUUCCACGUUGCUCUCUUCCUGAACAAGCUUAGCCCUGACAGCUACAUAUAAUUAUGAUAUGUGUGGUAUUAGACAGUCCUACAAAUGACAAGAAAGUUAAACACAAAAAACUCAGGCAGCUGGUAACCUGCUGGCUUUUAUUUCCACGUGACCUCAUUUGUUUCCCAUUCUCCUUGGUCAUACGGUGACAGACUAAUAAUGCUCUUCCCUGAACAGUGGCCAGAUGUGUAUGGAUUCUUCAAGGCAUUUUCUGUUGGCUUCAUGAAUCCUGUAGGAAAGUGUGCGAGUGUGUUACAGAGUAGGUGACUGAAAGUGUUGAGAAUUUGGAGAACUGGGGGUCACUGACCUUUGGGACCACAGUGUUAAAGCCACUCUGUUACAUAUCUAAGAUCUUGGGUGCUCUGGGUUAGUUUGCAAAGGAAUUCACAGGUUUUACUCAUUUUUGUUCCCAAGUGGUGAUUUAAAGAUUUAGCUGCUCUCUGCACUGGUCUUUUGGUUUCAGGUGAGUAGAGAAACUGGUACUUCUGGCUCCUCUGAGAUGAGAAUUUGGAGCAUCCAUAUAAUUGAAAUAAGUCAAUAUGUCAUUUGUGUGAGGCCAGUUAUCUAGGCUGAGGAACAGGAAAACUAAAUUAUGUAGUCACACAUAUUUAAAAAGGACUUGAAUGCAGAAUUAGGAUUAGUAUGUGGUUCCCUAAAUGUACUAAUGGGCCUAUGUCCACUGACUACAUUUGUUCACACAAGCAGCAGCAGUUUUUAAAACAACAUCAACACGCUUCAGCAUUGUCAGCUGCUUGUGGUUACUGCGCUCCUAGUGCCCUCAGAUGAAAAAGGUUCAACUUCUUCAACACCCAGUAAUUUAAUUGACAAGGGGCUGGACUUCUGAUAUCAACUUUGUAUUUAGAAGUGCUUUUAUUUAUUUACUUUUUAAUCUAGGUGACUGAAAGUACACUGUAAAGUUUGCUUUAUGAGGGUGUAACAGAAGCCUCAUACCUGCCAUAGUGCUUGUGGUUUACUUAUCAAUUGAGAAGUCUAUCUUGCAUUUUGUUAUAAAAAGGUGUGAGUCUUUUUCACUGCCCAUACCCUUUAAUUUGUCAUGAUAUCACAAAAUAUCAUUUCAUUUCAUUUCAUUUAUUUAUUUUGAACAUGUGCGUGCAAUACGAGAAAAUGAACUGAAAACAAGCACACAAAACCAGUGAGAAUAUUCAAAACAACAAUAACAACUAUUAAAACAAUAAUCAUACUUCUAAUAAUAAUGCGAACCCAACAUGUCCGAAAAGGAGUAGGAUGAGGCAUUAUGCUUUUUUUAAACCUACCCCUUCUCUUCUACUCAAUAAACAGUCAGCCUCCAGCAUAUUUACAUUGUAUUAACAAUAAAACAUAAAUAGAGUAAAUAAGUACAUUAAUCAUCUAUGAAAACACCUGAUUAUUAAAGCCCUUCUUCCUCCCUGUACCUGGUGAGAACCAUGUUUUUAUACCACUUUUUAAACUGGGUCACGCUUGGACAACGCUUGAGCUCCACACCUAAUCUGUUCCACAACCUUACUCCACAAACAGACACACAAAAACUUUUUAAUGUUGUACGUGCCAGCUGAUGCUUUAAUUCUUACAUAAUUAAAGAAGGGUAGAACUUUCAAACAAUGACGUAGUUCAAAUAACAUCUUCAGGUUAAACGUCAGGUUCAAGUCGGACAAGCUCAAUUUUCUAUGCAGUGUUCCUCAUUAAAUCAGCUGUUCAAAAUGCUGUCGUCUGGUAUGCUCAUGAACCAGAGGGUCCGAUCUGUUAAAUACAGUGACUUCUGGAUGCUACAUAGCUAAAGGCUGGCCACUAAAAGGACAGUCCGACCUGGUGUCCAUGUACGAAGGAGCACCGUCUGUGACGUGGUAUUUGUGGUCUGCAGCUCAGUUUGAGAAAAAAUUCCACCAUCAAACAGAGGCAGCAGUGUGUCAGUGUCACGGGGUCAAUUCUCGGUCCAAGAAUUUUCUUUCAUCUGAGACUCUCCUGAGGUUCAAUUGCAUGUCCCUUUGAAUGCCAAUGUAAUGAAAGUCAUGCAGAUUUAUGGUCUUAAAUAUGUCGUGUGAGUCUCUUAAUUAACUCUGUGAUGGACUAGAAACCCGUCCAGGUGGCUUUUUUUUCAAUAUUCUACGAUGAAAUGCACGCACACGGUUGCGAUCACUGAGUGAAACAGGCAGGUAUAGCCUGAAGAACUGAAUAAGCUCUGUCAAACAAGACAAAUUGUUUCGGAAAAGAAAGAUAUAUUACCAACAGCUGGCUUUUACAGUUUAAGGCAGAUUUCCCCUCAAACUGUCAAAUAAAUUGCAGGUGCCUCGUCUGAAAACUGAACCAUGAAUGAACCUCGAAAACACGUGUCAGACAAGACACAGCUAAUCUACCAUAUAAAAGACAGGAGGCAUGUGGGAUACUAAAUCCUGGAAGGGUAUCUUACACUUCCAGUCACACUAGCUGACAGAUAGGAAAAAUAUGCAGGGAAGUUUCCAUCCUGUGGAGGAAACCUAGACAUAAUUGACCAAAAUAAAGGCCUUAACGCAUUAGUUCAAUUUUGGAAAACGGUCCUCAGUUGGCAGGAGCUUGACUGUAUAAAUGCAACAAUAUCUAACUAAAAACAGACAAUGAACUUGUAGGACAAAGGAGGACUUAAGUGGAAGCAAAACAGUUUUAUUGCAUUAGUAAUCUUAUAAAAUUCAUGUUUCUUUUUUGAAAUCUCCUUUACUGUAAACUAAAAACAUGCUUUUUCUUCAGUUGAAGGAAUAGUUUCAAAUACAUCCUACCUGCCAGAUGUUACAUGAUCACAUCAAUACCAUCCUUGCGUCUGGACUCAGUAGUAUCUUAGCUGAGCAUCAAGCGUGGAAGCACGGAAAGAGCAAGCUUACAGUCCAGUUUUUCUAAAACUCCCUGAUUCACACAUUACAUCUGUUUUGUUCUAUAUAAUCAUGCAUUUUUUUGUGAGGUUAUACGCUGUUGUCGCACUUCUGUCGCACAAACAUGAUAUAUUGGUUAGAUUAGAUAACUUUGGCUGUACCUGCAAGUAAUGAUUUAGGUUUACUGACUGCUAGCUGAGUAUUUUAUUUACAGUACAAGAGUAAAACAGGUAUCAGUUCUUGUCUCAAUCUUGGCAAGAAAGCAAAUGUGUUUCCCAAAAUGUUGGGGACCUCUUUAAGAGCAGUUCUGCCUGAGAUGUUUUGACAGCACUCGGAAACAAUAUGAGCUGAAGUUUUUCGUGAGGAGGAAUGAAGCGGACGGAAAGAGAGGAAUCCAAAGAGGAACAGGGGCCAAGUUUCUCAACGCCAGACUCACACAAACACACACACAUACACUUACAAAAAGAACCUGUUGUGAUCUCUCUGUGCAGCAAAGGCUCAGAUAGUGAUACCACCAUCACACACAGCAUGCUUACAGAGUUACACAUUUACACCUCUCUGGCUGUUUGCCUACUACCUCCUUUUAAAUCUAUAAUACAUCUGGAACGAUAGAUGUCUGUAGAUUCACUGUGUAAGAACAGAAGCAGAUGAGGAUUUCAUUUCAGGGACCAGAAGCAGGUAGGUGUCCCCUCUGGUGUGUCGUUUUUCUCUGAGGACUACAGCGGCCACAUUGUGUCGAAAGCCUGACUUGUGUCCUUGUUGGGAGAUUCCUCAGCAUUCCUGAGAGCACUGUCGCUGUGACUGGAAGCUCUGUUUCAGCACCCCUGAAGCUUCAACAAACCCCAUGGGAGUGUUGGCUGCACAGAUCCUCAAAUUCCUCAGGUUUACCCAGAUCCCAAAUGAAGGAUUGUAGACCGCUGAGGAUGAAGAUGAAGAUGAGGUGAAGACUGCUGCCAACAUGCCCAAACAGUCCUCUGCCUGCCAGCUGUGAUCUCUGAGGGAACACAAGCUGGUCCAAACCCCUAUCUGGGAUAGCUUUUAGCACUGAUGGUAAUUUAAAAAACAUCCAUGCCAAAAACAAGACUAGUCCUGUUUGGGUGUAGCUCUGGGCCACAAAUAAAAGCUCCAAAUGCUGAAGACGAUGAAUAACAGUAACGCUUAAUGAUCACCAAGAGGGUCAUAAAAGAAACAGUGAUCAUCACAUGUGUUGUAUUAAGGCACUAAAUGCUAAAAUAUUUAUGCCGUAUUAGAGCAAAAACAAAAACGCUGCAUUGGUCAAGACUACAUUUAGACAACAUGCCAGUAUAUUGUCUUUAAAUCAGUCCCAGAUUCAUGCAUUCCUAAUAAAAAUAUCAGUUUUCUUGCUGCCUUGUUACUAGGAAAGUGCGGUAAAUGUUCUCAGAUGUAGUUAAACUCAGCUGAAUUGGCUGAGUCAGUAAAUGUCUGGUCGAGCUGAAAAAAGCUAUUACUGCCAAAUGUUUAACACUUUUCUGCUGUUUGUACACAAUGAGGCAUCUCGUUAUAGCCUGUACUAUAAAUUAUAAACUUCUUCUUUCAUAGGUAAAAGUAGAAAUUGAGUAGAUGAAGAAAACCCAUAAUAAUUAUCACUGCAUUUACAACGGUAAAUAAAGUAUUAUUUGGGCUAUAAUUUGUACCAAGAGUUAAUUCGAAGGCUAAAUGAUCACACAGUAAAAAACCUUAAAAAGAUUUAUAUGCUGAAUAUAUUAUUUGUAGCAUCUAGGAACUGUCAUUUUGGGCUUGUAAGAGUUAUGGAUAAAAUUUUCCUCAGGCCAGUCUGUUACGGACUGCUGCGGGGUGACGCAGCUCAAGGAAGAACAUUUAUGAUCAUUUCUUCAUGGAAAUACAAUCAGACCGAGACAAUAAAGCAGAAAAACUACCCCGUCUGCAGUGCAAAAUGAUUAAUAUGGUGAGUAUUACUUCAAGGAAAUGAUAAAGUAAUGAUCAUAAAUGUUCUUCCUUGAGCUGCGUCACCCUGCACCCUGCCCCGAGGUCUCACUACAAACAAGCGGCUGCUGGAAGAGAGUAGGUGAGUUGUGUUUAGUCUCUUUGUUAAAGAAAUUAGGCAAAUCUAAAAAGAUGUUUGGUGGCCAGUGCCACAGCUAGGACCCUAUAUGUACUGUUGAUGAAGUUAGGUGCUGUUCUGAGCAUUAUUUGUGGCUACAGAGUGGCGUUUUGGUUGAGGUGUGCGUGUGGAUCCAUAGACCGCUCUGUAUUGCUAUCCUGCGGUCAUUACUAAAGUUGGUAUGACUAGAGAAGCAAGAAGUCGGCAACAUUCAUCUCUCAAGGAGGUGUCUAACUCAGUGUUACAGUGUGUUUGACCCUAAAUUAAUUUUAUACCGGAAUAUCCCUUAGGGUGCAAAAUUACCCACCAAAACAAAGUUCCUCACUAAAGCUUUAAAAGUUUAAAUUUUAGCUUCACCAUUAAUCAAAAUGUCAAUAUAAAUUUGUUGGUAUGGUAUGGUUAAAAAAAAAGCUCAAAUCACUAGUUUACAACAGCUCCUGUAGUUAAUUAGCUUAGCUCAUUUCUGUGCAUACAUGCCAGGUUUAUUUGCUUGGUGUAAGGAAUUAUGUCACUAUUGUCAAGAAUUCUGUUUAAUUAUUACAGAAUUUUAUAAUAAUUUAACCCUGUGACUGUAACAUUUUUUAUAGAGUUUAGUGGUCUUGAGCUGAGGUCCUGUGACAGCCCUGUGGCCAAACUCUGAUCUGUGUCCUCCCAGCGUGCAGACAGGCGGACGGAGGCGGGGCGUCAGGAGGACCGUGGUGAGGCAGGACGCUCCACAGAGAGAGCAAACACGUCUCUCUCCACACAGGCUCCUUUUAUUUGUGGCUCUCUGUCUGAGCCCCGGCAGGUUUCACAAGAGGGACAGACGGGCCCGGACAUUUCUCAGCAACAAAGCAUCUGGCGCUUUUCUUUGUACGUGCUGAGAAAGAGCCUGUGGAGCACGACAGGAGAGGGAGAAGAGUACCUGCUAGACACCGGAGACGAUGAGGAAAACCUGGGAGAGGAUUUUGAAGGAAUCGGCUGA